AGAGGUGGGGGGAGGCAACAAUCGGCCCAACCCUGCUUUAAAUGGAGGUGAGCCGGUGAGGUCGAGCCAUCCUGCUCCGAUCUUCUUUCCGUGUGUGUGUCACUGUGUUCUCUCGCCGCUUGCGAUGUCCGAAGGAAGAGAUUACAGCAGCCAGUCGUACACCCCCGCCGGCAGCGCGACGCCCGCCAGAAGCUACCCGAGCAACGUCGUCCACUCGGCGGGCAAGUUCAGGGAAAAGGACGACAUGGUGGCACUCAACGAUAAGUUUGUCAGGUUGAUUGAAAAGGUGAAACACCAGGAGGAUGAAAACCAAAAAUUAGACACAAAGUUGAAGAUCCUCCGAGAGCAAGAGCCAUAUGUGGCUAACAUUACGAGCAUAGCGAUGCAACUGGAGGAGGCGCUGAAGCAACAGAUUGAGCAUUUACUCAGUGACCAGACAAAACUUGAGGACGAGCUCUUGCAGAACCAGCAGGUGGCAGAGGACAGCAAGAAGAGAUAUGAGGAUGAGUUGUUGAAGAAAGCAGAACUGGAAAAUGAAUUCAUCAUCACCAAAAAGGAUGCGGAUGAAGGCCAUUUGGAAGCUGUCCAUUUGACUCUGGUGUUGGAAGAUCUGAUAGGACAGCUGGAUUUCCUCAGGAUCGGCUAUGAUGAGGAAAUCAAAGAGCUGCAAUCUCAAAUCCAAAACGAGACGGUGGUUAUACGAGGAAACGCUAAGCGCUCUCUGGACAUGAACGCCAUUGUCGAGAGCGUCAAGGGUCAGUACGCCGACGUUGCUGCUCGUAGCAAAGGGGAAGCGGAGCAUUGGAACCGGAAGAAGAUGGAUGCAAUGGUUUUUGAAGCAGGACAGCGCGAGCAGGAAGCGCGAGCUAUACGGAGGCAGAUCUCAGACACGGUGCGCUUCAUCCAGAGGCUCAAUGGAGACCUGGAUGCUCUCAAAAGAAAGGAAGAGUCUCUGAAGAAGGACGUCGACGACGCAAUCGUGGAAGGAGACAAAAGCUUGGAGGGGGCCCGCAAGGACAUCGGUGAGCUGGAAGAGGCCCUGAGGUGCGCCAAACAAGACAUGGCCGGCCAGAUGCGAGAACACCAAGAGCUGAUGAACCUCAAGCUAGCCUUGGAUAUGGAGAUUGCCACCUAUCGCAAGCUGCUGGAGGGAGAGGAGAUGAGAAUGGAUAAACUCCUACGCAAUUCAGUCCAGGCAGCCAGCACCCAAUUGGACGGACGAAUGGAGUCAAAUCUUCCUUUGUGACUCAUCAUGCGUCAUGUUACAACAUCGGCUGAAUAUUUGAGGUGCUUUUCAGUCUGACUUUUGUUUUUUUAAAUAUGUCAUAUUGACUUUUGGCUUCAGAUACUGUGUAAGAUGUUAAAAAAGGUGUUUGGGUACAUUAAUUACGGCUCUAAAGCAGCACUUGAUUAUGAUUUAUAAGAUCCAUUUUUGGUUUGUCCAAUAUUUUCACGACUCGUCCCCGGUUGUUUUCUUAUGUGUAGGUUGUCAUGGUUUCUGUCCGCGUCUGUGUACUCGCCCCUCCCCUCCUGUUUCACCUCACAAGCUAGGUAAUCA